UAUCAUGAAAUUCUCCAUCGCCGCCGCUUUAGCCCUGGCCAGCUUCCAGGCUGUUGCCGCCCUCCCUAGUCCGCCAUUGACAGAUGCCAUUGUGCCUGCCAUCGAGGACGACUCCAGUGUUAACUCCACCGAUGUGGAAGAGCGAGGCCUAUUCACCAAGUACCCGUGUACACGAGGUGCAUCCAUUAAGCUGUUCAAGAGCCAUCUAUGCAAAGGCAGUGCUACAAGGACCGACAUUCUCAACUUCCCGCUACCAGAAGGCUAUGUGGACAGAUGUCAAGAUGUUACUUCAAAAUCCGACAUGACUGGCAUCAAGCUACUCAGCCCACUCGACAUGUACCCGAGUAUGGCACAGUGGAUCGUUUGGCAAGAACCCGGUUGCAAGGGCCGCAGCAAGGUGCUCAGGCCUAAUGGCCUCUGCGAGCACAUUAUGUCGGAGAAGGGUCAAGUCGAAACUCCUCCUAUCAAGUCGUUCAAACUCAUUGCAAAGGAUGCCACGAAGUGCGAGGCCAACAGAGAGGAUGGUCGAUCUUAGAAACCGCCAGUAGCACCUGAUGAGCAAUGCCUAGGGAUGGAUCAGGAAAGCAUCUUCAACCGCAGAACUAGGCCAUGCUACAAGCAGGCUGGAUCUGGGUCGGAAGACAGACUAUCACGCUACUUCCAUCUUCAGGCAUGCUAUUUCUCAAAGAUCCUCACACAAAUCGGCACACCAGCUUGUUACAAGAGGCCUCGAUGUUUCCAGCCAGCUCCUUUCUUGAGCAUUACUUUUAAGACAUGUACAUUACAUUGCCGCCACGGGCUGUUUCAUACCC